AUGGCCUGCAUUUCGGGUUUCCUCUUCGGCAUCCUCCAGUUUGUGGCGGUACUCUUUAUCACUGUUGGCACUCCGCUGGCGAUGUACGUGCCGCGGAGUGAGAACGCUAAGCGAGUCACCAAUGGCUACUGCAUCACGAUGUGGGGAAUUCGCGAUAAAUGUCUUACAUUGACGUACUCGGAAAGGACUGCCUAUGUCUGGUCAGAGUGCCCGGGGCGCGUGAGUCGCUUCAAGACGGCGCAGGUUUUCGCCAUUGGAGCUGCCAUCAUUCUCAUCGCUUCGAUCUUGGCAAAUCUUCUGAAUGCGUGCUGCUGCUACUGCGUCAAGUACUUGUGCAUUGUGUUGAACUUGGUGGCCGCGGUUGUGCUUUCGAUUUCCUGGGGCUGCAUAUUGGACUGCUAUCUGCGUAAUCAGGGUAGCUUCAUGCGCGGCACCGUGGACGUAUGCACGAGAAUUCGUGACUUCCCUGGUCUUGAUAGCUCGCACCCGGAUGGAAUGCAGCUGGGUGUUGGUUUCAUCCUUCUUGUUUUCGCCUGCGUCAUCAGUUUUGUGAACAUCUUUGUUACUUUUCUUCCAUGCUAA